AGUCAGCCACAAAGGGGAAACAAAUUCCAGCGCUGCCACUGAUGUUGUCUAACAAGAAAGAAGGAAGUAGCUUUGACGUUGCCAAAAAACAACAACAACAACGAAAAAAGUAAAUACAAAUACAUAUUUCGCCAGUGUGUUUUGGAUGAGCGCGUGAAACCGAUGCCAGCAAAGCUUGAGUGAGGACACCGGCGGAUUGAACAGAUGAAGUCUGCGGCCACAGCAUUUUCCACGAUAGUAGCGCUUGCUUUGUUUUGCGCAUUGUAUGUCGGAGCCAAAACAGUCAUAUCUGUUGAUGAUGUUCAGUCCAUACGUGUUGACCUGGAUCUGUCCCAUGUGGCCCGACGGGUGGACGAAAGGUUUCUCUCUGUGGCUAUAGAUGCGAGUUUAAUCGCCGAGGAGAGGUUCAUGAACCUACUGAAUUCACCAAAGUUAAGAACCCUUGCCAAAGCCUUGGUCCCAGCGUUUCUGCGAUUUGGAGGUACCAAACAAGAUUUUAUGACAUUCAAUCCACGCGGAAGAUAUUUCCAAGCGAGAGACAACAGCAACAGCGCUGUUCUAGAAAAAUUAUGUGAGAGACUUGAAUUGCCUCCAUUGUUGGAAAAUAGGUUAAAGCAAGAAUGGGUCCUACAGUCAAAGACUUUACUUCAGGAGGAACUAGAGGGAAAAUACAAAAGGUCAAAAUUCUCUGAACCCAACAGUUAUGAGAAAAAAGCUGGAAUCAGAGUGGAUGGAUACCAGCUCGGUCAGGAUUUUGUCCAUUUGCAUCAAAUCCUUCAGCAAUCUGCGGUCUACCACUCAACAGGACUAUAUGGACCAGAUGUCAGUCAGCCACGAGAUCACCGCAAAGAUUUGUUAACUGGGUUUUUGGAGACUGGAGCAAAGGCCAUUACUGCAUGCACCUGGCAUCACUAUUAUGUGAAUGGCCGAGACACGUCUUUAGAGGAUUUCCUUGACCCUGAAGUGCUUGAUACUCUCGCAACAAAAAAUAACGAGGUCCUCGAGAUUGUUGAAUCUGUUUCUCCGAGGAAGAAGGUUUGGCUAGGAGAGACAAGCUCGGCAUAUGGUGGAGGUGCUGUUGGCCUCUCCGACACAUUUGUAGCUGGUUUCAUGUGGCUGGACAAACUGGGACUUGCUGCCAAACUUGGUUUGGAUGUCGUCAUUAGACAGGUGUUAAUUGGUUCUGGCACUUACCAUUUAGUGGAUGAUAACCUAGAUCCUCUUCCAGAUUAUUGGCUAUCAUUGCUAUACAAAAGGCUUGUUGGCCCAGAGGUUUUACAAGCAGAAGUUAAUAUGAAUUCAAGACCAAAGAAACCAAUACGGGUAUACCUUCACUGCACCAACAGAAAAAGCACACAUUAUAGACCAGGUGCUGUGACCUUAUUUGCCUUAAACCUAAACAAAAAUGAAGUCACUAUUAUUCUGCCUGACCAUAUGGCCAACAGCACAAUUGAGGCAUUUGUGCUACAAUCAGCUGAGGCUGGUGAACGGAGUCUUUAUUCCAGGUCAGUCAAAUUGAAUGGACAAGUGCUGAGGAUGGUGGAUGACCGGACACUACCUCCGUUGAAGGGAUGUGAGCUGCCGCCUGGAGAACACAUCAAGCUGCCUGGGUUCUCAUUUGCAUUCUAUGUUCUGAUUGAAGCACAAGCUCUGGUGUGCAAAUGAGCUCUCAUAAAGACUGCUUUUACUGGAGAAUCAGGGACACAAAAUGUGUGAUGAAAAAAUAUUUUGCGGUGAAAUUAUUUUAUGUGAGGGAACUUCAAACUCAAAUAAAACGAAUCAGUCUCUUAAUAUAAAAUCAGCAUUUUGUUAUUUAUGAAAAUUCAUAUUUAUUACAAAUAUCAAGCUGUAGCCACAAAUAACUUUUAAUAUUUCAUGAACAAC